UAUUAUCUGGAUGACCACACAAUCGGACAAUAAGUAGAACAGUCAUCUCUAUGUCUAAAAGUCUUUGUAGAUUCUUUACAAUUCAGUGCUUGACGAAGAUCGCUUUUCGUUUGGACUCACAUAGAGUAUUUUCAGUGAUGGCAGGUCAAGGAGCAGAAGGCUGGGAUGAGAAAGAGCCAGGUCGGCAGUGGGGUCACCAGUCUGGAGGUCGUCACAGUGGUAAUCAUGUCAACAGGGGUCGCAGGAACUACCAUAGGGGUCGGAAUAGGGAAGAUGAAAGAGACAAAAAAGUAAACCGAUGGGGCCCAUCAGAGGGUGAUGACUCUUACAGAUCGCGAGGGUCUGCGAGGGGUCAUGGGGGUCGAGGAAGAGGGGGCAGACCCCCAGGGUUAAAGGGCAAGGACAUAGGCAUGUACUACGCACAGUUGUCAAAACAGAAAGCUGAACAAAGGAUAAAAGACCAGAGAGCAGCUGUGACCUUGCAAGGGGAUCAGAAAAGGGCCAUAACCUGUCUGCUACAUGAUAUCCAGGCCAGCAGAGAAUGUCCUCCCCAGCCUGAUCGAUACAUAGAGGAACGUCAAGAUGACAGAAAUAGCAGAUUGAGCCCAGCUGAAGAGGAAAACUAUGAUGGAUUUCAAGGUUCAGCAAGCUGUGAUGUGGGACAUGGGAGAGGGAACAGGCCACCUGGUUUAAGUGGCAAACAGAUAGGCAUGUACUAUGUUGGAGAGUCCAAGGAGAAAGCUGAGCGAAGUAUGGCAGAUCAGUCAAACAGAUAUAGCCAGGAAAGUGAAGAUGACGAUAGCUUGGAGGAAUAUGAAGAAGAGGUUGAAAGUGAGGGGCCCAGUUCUGGAAGUGCAACAAAUGUGAGUCAUGAAGAUCCAACAGUGACAGAAGUUCUCCAAAUGCAGAUGGGGGAAGACUUGCUUGUAUCGGAUAACAGUGAUAUUGCUGGAUUUCAAACUGCCACCACAUCCUGGGACAAUGCAAGGAUAUCUGCUGACUUUGCUGCCAAACAGACGACCACACUUUACCAGGACAUGCAGGAAUUCAGAAACAAACUGCCUGCCUACACUGACAGAGAAGCCAUUGUUGAUCUGAUAAGCUCCAGCCAGGUGGUCGUAUUGAGUGGUGAAACAGGCUGUGGAAAAACAACACAGGUCCCACAGUUUAUUUUGGAUGAAUUCAUAUCUCAGAACAGAGGAGCUGAAUGCCACAUCAUCUGUACCCAACCCAGGAGAAUUAGUGCAAUAUCUGUUGCAGAAAGGGUUGCCGCAGAAAGGGGAGAGAAAUGUGGGGAGUCAGUGGGCUACAUGAUUCGUCUGGAACACAAGCUUCCGAGAGAUGCUGGCUCUAUUCUCUUUUGUACGACUGGAAUCUUGUUGAAAAUGCUGGAAGGGGACAAGUCGUUAUCACGAGCCACGCACAUUAUCCUGGAUGAGAUUCAUGAACGUGACCUGCUGUCUGACUUUCUGAUCAUCGUACUCAAGGACAUUCUGACCUCCAGACCUGACCUGAAACUCGUGUUGAUGAGUGCAACACUCAACGCUGAGGCCUUCUCCAAGUAUUUUGAUAAUUGCCCUAUGAUAAACAUUCCUGGCUACACGUUUCCUGUUGAAGAGUUUCUACUGGAGGAUGUUAUAGAAAUGCUUCACUAUGAGGCCCCGUACACAAUGCAGGCACGGCAGCCGAGACGCAGGGACUUGACCGCUCAACGAGAGAUGGAGGAGAGAGAGGUGUGGCUACGUAACCUCGAAGGAGGGGUCAACACUGACAAAAGAUACUCGAGACAUACCAUAAACCAGCUACAGAGUCUGGACUUCAAUAAAGUGGACACUGAGCUCAUAUACCAGCUGAUAUGGCACAUAUCUUUACACAAGAAGGAGGGGGCCAUACUGGUGUUUGUUCCAGGAUGGGGUGAUAUCAAUGAUGUGUAUAAGAAACUCAUGGCAAACAUGGCAUUUAAGUCUGCAUCCCACUUCAGAAUUAUCCCCCUACAUUCUCUGAUGCCUACCAUCAACCAGAGGGAGGUGUUUGAGAGGCCCCCACCAGGAGUUAGGAAGAUCAUCAUAGCAACCAAUAUUGCCGAAACCAGUAUAACCAUAGAUGAUGUUGUGUACGUGAUUGAUGGGGGUCGUAUCAAGGUUAAAGGGUUCUCACCUGAUACCAACAUGGCCUCCCUGGAUUCACAACUUGUGUCAAAAGCCAAUGCCAGACAACGCAGGGGUAGAGCGGGACGAGUACAGCCUGGUGAAUGCUACCACCUGUACAGUGGCUACCAGGCCUCUAUCAUGGACAACUACAUGGCCCCAGAGAUACUGAGAACUAGACUGGAGGAGCUGUGCCUCACUAUCAAGCUGUUAAACUUGGGGAAGAUCGUGCCUUUUGUCCAGAAGGCGAUGCAGCCUCCGUCACUAGCUGCUGUGGAGAGUGCCAUAGUCAACUUGCAAGAUCUGAAUGCACUUGACAAGGAGGAGAAUCUCCUGCCCCUUGGGAAGCACCUGGCCCGCAUGCCCCUUGACCCCCACACGGGCAAGAUGAUCCUAUACGGGGCCAUGUUUAAGUGCCUCGACCCCAUACUGACCAUCGCAGCUAGCCUCAACUUCAAGGACCCCUUCUUUGCACCUUUGGAGAAAAAAGCUGAGGCUGACCAGGCUAGAAUGAAGCUGGCAGAGAACUGUCUGAGUGACCAUAUCACACUUGUGAAAGCCUACAAUAAAUGGGAGCGGUGUCGUAAGCGAGGGACCCAUCGCCAGUUCUGCUAUGACAACUUUCUUUCCGACUCCACACUUGUGAUGCUGAGGAAGAUGAGAGACCAGUUAGCAGAGGUCCUUCAUGAGCUGGGAUUCCUCCGGGAGAGACAUAUAAACCAGUCAGAGGCCAAUGUCUACUCCGGGAAUGAGUCCCUGGUGAAGGCAAUCGUAUGUGCUGGGCUUUACCCAAAUAUUGGAAUGAUUGGGAAACUACCAAAGAACAAAUGGAGUCAGAUCCAGUUUCAGCUGAGAUCAGGGCGGUGCAAGCUGUUCCCAGGGUCUGUUGCCAGGGAGAUCAGAGACCCUCGGGCCUGCUGGGUGGUCUACCACAAGAUCAUGAAGACCUCAGAUGUCUGGAUGUAUGACUGCAGUGUGGUGACACCAUACAGCCUGUUGUUCUUUGGAGGAGACAUCAAGAAAAUAAAUGCAAAUGGGCAAAGCCUGGUCUGUGUCGAUGACUGGAUAAAGUUUAAGGCUUCACCAGAAACAGUGACUCUUGUAAAACAAUUGCGUCAAGAACUGGACCACAUCCUUGAUGAGAUUUUUUCCCGUAGUUGCCAUGGAAACACGGUGCUGACCACCAAGGAGGAGGCCAUUCUGAGGGCUAUAGCUGACCUGGUAACAACUGAGGACAACUAUGCAAGCACACGGUCCUUUGACAGAUAGGAAUAAUGCAUAUUAAAGACAAACAGUUGUGAAUUUGUUCUAGUAGACAAGAAACAAAGAAAUUUGGCUCAGUUUUAUUUCAACUAUGUGUAGGGGAUACGGUGUCAGCUCAGAAACUUGGAGGUCAGGUGUUCAAUCUCCUCUGAGGGCUUUAGCUAAUCUAUCGACAACUGAGGACAACACACAGAACUAUUGGAGCACACAUUAACAACUGAGGACAAUACAAAGAACUAUGGGCACACAUGGUGACAACAGAGGACAGAUCUGGUUACAACUGAGGACAACACACAGAACUAUGGGCUCACAUGGUGACAACUGAGGACAUAUCAGGUUACAACUGAGGACAACACACAGAACUAUGCGAUCACACGGUAACAGCUAAUGACAAUACUCAGAACUAUUGGAUCAUACUGUGACAACUGAGGACAGAUCUGGUUACAAUUGAGGACGGGUCUAAUGACCACUGAGAACAGAUGUGGUGGCAACUGAGAACAGAUUUGGUUACAACUGAGGACAGAUCUAAUGACCACUGAGAACAGAUGUGGUGGCAACUGAGAACAGAUCCGGUUACAACUGAGGACAGAUCUAAUGACAACUGAGAACUUAUGUGGUGGCAACUAAGAAGAGAUCCAGUUACAACUGAGGACAGAUCUAAUGACAACUGAGAACAGAUGUGGCGGCAACUGAGAACAGAUCCGGUUACAACUGAGGACAGAUACUGAGAACAGAUCCAACUGAGGGCAGAUCUGGUGACAACUGAGGGGCAUAUCUGGUGACAACACACAUAACUAUGGGAGCAAACUGUCCUAUGACAGAUAGGAAUAGUGAAUAAAAGCAACGAACAA